AAAGUUGGUAUAAAUAUGCUAUUGGUUAUAAUCAAAGAGUAAAAGAGUUUUUAAAUAAUGAUCGAAAACUUAAUCUUAAUUCAGCAAAAACAAUAGCUUAUAAAGAAAUUAUUAAUCAUCUUUCAUAUGUUUCAAUAGAUGCAUUAAAAAAAAGAACUCAAAGAGCUUUUGUUAUUUAUGAUUUAUUUAAAGCAAUUGGUGUUGACAAAAUAGAAAGAAUUAAAUCAUAUACUGCUAAUCAAAUAGCUA